AAAAUCGAUAAACAGCAAAAGUCCGCCACAAAUGACCGGCGUCUGGGCAACAAAUGUGUUGAAAUGCCGAUCGGGGUUUUUAAAUCUGUGCGCGAAGUAAGCAGCGAGGAUUCGGUGCAUGUGGCGGCAAAUCUGUUGAAGGAAAAUGCCGCCAAAAAAUGGAAGACACAAGCGAACGGUGAGAAAUCGGCGCAUGUUAUAUUGGAAUUUGAGGAGCCGCAACAAAUCAACGGAAUUGACAUUGGCAAUGAGCAUGCCGCAUUCAUUGAGGUGCUGGUCAGCAAAACAGGCUGCCAGCCGGAUGACUUUAAGGAAUUGCUGCUCUCCAGCUCAUUUAUGACGCCCAUCGAGAGCAAGAACUCGGCCAACACGAAUCGCGUGCGCUGCUUCAAUAGCGAAGCGUUGAUAGCGACAACGCUGCCCGAGAAAUGGAAGCUGGUGAAAAUUGUGUGCACGCAGCCGUUCAAUAAGCAUGUCCAGUACGGCUUGUCCUUUGUCAAGGUGCAUGUGACCGCCGCGGCGGCUGCCGUGAAGCCAAAAUCAUUGGUGCCCGAUCAAUUUAAAUUGACCCCAAGCGCCGGCAAGGGCCUCACUGCACUGGGCCAAUUUAAGCUGCGCGAGGAGUCACCCGAUUCGGAACCGGAUGGCAAAGCCGCCCUGUCGCUCUUUCAGCGCUGGAAGGCCACACGCAAUGACGAUGGCCAUGCACCGGCCACCCUCAGCACGGCGGCGGCCAUUAGAGAUGCCGCCUCGCCGGCGGCUUUGCGUCGUUUGAGCGAUACGCGACCGGCGCCUAUUAAAUUACAAGCAUCACCUGCCGCCAGUGGCAGUUCGGACAAGGCGGACAAUAUCAAGCUAUUGGAUCGCAAUCGAGAUUCGCUGAUGUUUGGCGAUGAUAACCCGGAUGAGGAUGAUGCCGCUGCAGCCAAUCCGGAAGUUGCCAUUGAUGCCAAAAUGCAGCGCCUGAUGAAAAACAUUGAGGCGAACAAAAACAGGCGGCGCUUGGAACUGGAGGAGCUGGAAAAGAAAAGGGAUAGAAAAAAGCGAGCAUCUAUCGAUAAAACAGCAGCCGCACCCAAGGAGAGUACCAAACCGACUGCUGCGCCCAAGGAGAGUAGCAAACCAAUUGCUGCGCCCAAAGAGAGUCCCAAACCUGCAGCUGCACAGCCCCAGAAGCGUCUAUCUGCAUCCAUGGAUGACAGCAGCAAGCCAGCCAAAAAGCAAAAGACCCAUGUCGAGCAGCAGGUGCAAUAUGUGCCCUUUAAUCAGCUGCUGCGUGGCGUUGUCCUGGUCAUCAGUGGCAUACAGAAUCCAGAUCGUGCGGAUUUGCGCUCCAAAGCUUUAGCGCUGGGCGCCAAGUACAAAGCUGACUGGGAAUCCGGCUGCACGCAUCUCAUCUGUGCCUUUCGAAAUACGCCCAAGUACAAUCAGGUCAAGGGCAAGGGCAAAAUUGUAACGCGUCAAUGGAUUGAAAAGUGUUAUGCGCUGAAAAAGUAUUUGCCCUGGCGUCGAUAUGCUCUCGAUACAACCGAAUCAGCUCAGCCGGAGAGCGAUGUGGAGCUGUACGAUGUAUCACUAAAGCCCACUGCGGAUGAUGAUGACAGGGAUGUGGAGAUGGUAGCUAACAUAAGUAGCCGAUCAGUUGAUGUUGAUAACAGCUUCGAGGGCACAGCGCAUCGGGUGCAUUCGUCUGGUCCCGACACUGAGGACGAACUGGAACGUGUUGCGCAAAAAAAUAAAUUGAAGAAAACAAGCGAUAUGUCGCAUAAUAAUAACAGCAAAAACAAACUCAACGAUUCGAAUCAAAAGAAAGUAAUGAAAUCUUUGGAUGUUUACGAAGUUAGCACCGACGAGGAGGAUUAUCUGCAGGAGAAGCGAAAGGAGUUGUAGUUUGCGCAAAUGUCAAGUAUU